AUGACUAGUGUAAAUUCAAGCUACAACGGCUCCGAUGAGGAAAAACUGGAACAAACGAAAGUUACGGAAAACGUUAACCGAAUCGAGGUGCCAGAUGGAGGACUCAGGGCGUGGGGAGUGGUGGCAGCGUACUUUCUUUUCAACAUCUCGACGUGGGGCGCGAACGCGGGGUUCAGCGUGUAUCUGGCGGAGUAUCUCAAGGUUGGCCGGUUCGCCAACGCAGGCGCUCUGGACUAUGCUACAAUCGGGGGCCUGGCGUUCGGUGCUGGCCUUUUCUUCGCUCCGGCGAUCUCGUAUCUUGUGCACAUCACGUCCGCACAGCUGGUGAUAGCCGUGGGAAUAGCACUGCAGUGCGCGGGGCUGCUGCUGGCGGCGUUCUCUGCUAACCUCUGGGAGCUAUACCUGACGCAAGGCGUGCUCAUUUCAUUUGGCCUUGCUUUUAUCAGCAUUCCCAGCAUAACGCUGGUGCCGCAGUGGUUCCGCUACAAGAGGAACCUGGCACAAGGCAUUGCGUCCGGCGGCUCUGGCGCAGGUGGUAUAGUGUUCAAUUUGGGAAUGGAAAAAGUCAUGCGCGCGCGCAGCGUGAAGUGGGCACUGAUAGUGCAAUGUAUACUGUGCACUGCGCUCAGCUGCAUUGGGCUCAGCCUUACCAGAACGCGGUUGAAGCAUAUUUGGAGAGGCCAGAAGCCAAAAUUUUGGUUCUUUGAUCGCGAAAUAAUUAAGAGCUGGGGGUACUGGUUCGUGGUGCUAUAUGUAUCCAUGACCAUGUUGGGCUAUGUGGUUUUACUGUACUCAAUGUCGGCUUUCACAGUUUCCCUAGGAUACUCGCAAAAUCAGGGCUCUAUCGUUUCCUGCAUGAUAAGUGUUGGGGCUCUUGUCGGAAGGCCGUUCGUGGGUUUCUCUGCUGACCGCUUUGGAGCCGUCACAGUUUCAAUUGUUGCACACUUGAUCGUAGCGAUUUUUAGUUUGGCCAUGUGGAUUCCAUGCCGGAAUUUUGCGACCGCCCUGAUCUUUUCGCUUAUUGUUGGCCUCUUCAUGGGCAGCAUUUGGUCAUUGAUCGCGCCAAUAAUUGGGCGAGUUGUUGGUCUCCCUAAAAUGGGUGUGUGCAUGGGCAUGAUAUGGACCUUUCUAAGCGCUUUUGGUAUCACUGCGCCCAUUAUAGGUCUUGUUCUGCGAGAUGAAAAUAAUCCCACUGGUAAUAACUUCAUCAGAACCGCUAUCUUCGCCGGUAUGAUGUAUUUUGGCUCGGUGGUAGCGUUGUGGUUUUUAAGAGCGCUUCUUAUUGCAAGGGAUGAAAUUGCUACAGAGGCUAAAACAGGAUCGGACGAAGGUGAACUCCACCUGCAAAUCACUUUCAAAAGCUGGGCGAAAGGUCUCUUCAAACUGCGCAAUCUUCCAAGACAGAUAUAG